AGCUGUAACACACGCUAGUUACAAAACACGCACAUUUUGCAGCCAUGAGUCGUCACGUGUACCGCUGCGUUAUGAAAACACAGAAGUUCCUGUUGUUGACCUGCAACGCUGAGUGCUGAACCUCAGGGGCAAAAAUGAAAAGCAAACCUGUCAAGUCAGACGCAUCUGAUUCAAAGAGGAAAGGAAAGAAAAGAGCCGCCGAGGACUCUGCUACGACUCUGUCCAAAAAACUGAGAGACAAGAAAAAUGGAGAAACGUCGAAAUCAGGAGCUCCUGUCAAGUCUGCAGGAGUCCAGAGGAGAGGUGUUCAUGGCAGCAUCCUGCACUACAUUUAUAAGAGCACUCUGGGCCAAAGUCUGCACUCACAGAUGAGACAGUGUCUCCAGGAGCCUUUCGUCCGCUCUCUGUCGUCUUACCAUUUCCACGGUGCGACGAGUCCCUUCGAUCGCAGGAUCACCUGUCUGGAGUGGCAUCCCACUCACCCCUCCACUCUGGCUGUGGCCUCCAAGGGGGGAGACAUUUAUCUUUGGGACUUUGAGGUGCCCACAAAGAAGACCUUCAUUCAAGGGAGCGGAGCGGGAGACUUUAUCGGAGGGAUGAAGUUUUGCCCCACGGACCUCUCUAGAGUCUAUGUGGCUUCUGGUGAGGGUACACUGACCAUGCAGAGCUUUGAGGGCCGAACACCCACCCUAUUGUCCAGAACUGAGGACUGUGGCCAUGAUCACCACAACGUUUGCUACUGGUACUGCUGUGUGGAUGUGUCUGUAAGCCGACAGAUGCUUGUGACCGGAGACAAUGUGGGUCAGCUCGUACUUGUGGGUUUGGACGGUCAAAAGAUUUUUAGUGAUAAACUGCACAAAGCCAAAGUGACUCAUGCAGAGUUUAACUCCCGAUGCGACUGGCUGCUGGUGACGGCGUCGGUCGACCACACGGUGAAGCUUUGGGACCUGAGGAACAUCAAAGACAAGAAGAGCUUCCUCCAUGAAAUGCCUCAUGAGAAAGCUGUAAACUCAGCCUAUUUCAACCCACUGGACUGCUCCAAGUUGCUCACCACGGAUCAGUAUGACGAAAUCCGUGUCUACUCAUCUCCCGACUGGUCGAAGCCUCAACAUAUCAUCCAACACCCACACAGACAGUUUCAGCACCUCACACCCAUCAAGGCCACAUGGCAUCCUGUAUAUGACCUGAUUGUGGCCGGACGUUACCCCGAUGACCGGGUUUGCACCGGCGAUCAGAGGACCAUCGACAUCUAUGACUCCAACACGGCAGAGCUGGUGUGUCAGCUGUACGAUCCCACUGUUGCAGGGAUCAAAUCUAUCAACAAAUUCAAUCCGAUGGGUGAUGUGAUCGGAUCUGGCAUGGGUGUAACGGUGCUAGUCUGGGACCGGAAUGAAUCACUGAUCAGUGAUCGGCACAAAUUGCAGGAAAGUUCAGCCUCAGCGAACAGUUUGAGAGGACAGAGGAGGAGUCAGCAGCGCUCCAACAGGGACCGGAAGGCUCCUGCUGUGGAUGCAAAGCUCAAGAAAAAACUAGCAUCUCUGGAAGAAACUGAGACCAAAACCAAGACCAAGACUGACAAACAAAAACAAGCUCAGAUGAGGAAGAAGUGAACUGAAAAAAUAUCCAGAGUCUUAAAAGUUUCUUUGUGUGUAUAUUUGUUUAUUACUGUAUGUUGUGUGUCUAACUUCAGGGAUUGUUUGCAGAGGUCACAAAUGUCUUAGAUCUUUUAUAAACCAGUUUAAAUUUUGACCACUGUAUGUUCUUGCAGAAGCUUUUCUACUGUAUCACAAUAAAAAUAUUCAUUCAUA